AUGUCUGUUUCAUUGCAAUCGUCUCAGUCGAUCCAAGCACAGAUCAACCAGAGAUAUCCGCGUCGGACAACGCCGCUUAAUACUGGAGAAGAAUUGGCCAAUGCCAUUGUGGCUUCAAGUCUCGCGUCUUCACGGGCAGCCUCACCGCAUAAGCUCGAGCCACCUUCCCUUCCUACCCGGCGCCAUGGUUUUCACAAGCUGUCGUACUCGCGCACUCCAUCUCCGGCCAAGCACGGCAUGCGCCACACAUUACGCAAGAAGGAGAGCGAGGAGUCGGAGUCGGAAGACGAGCACCACCCUUACGGCAAGCACAAGAAGAAGCGUAUGGUGCGCAAGCAUCCAAACAAGCAUCAUGAAGGCGAUCGCAAACGAUGGCGAGACGCCGUUACAGAACGUGAGCGGAAGCGCUACGAAGGCGUUUGGGCUGCUAACAAAGGGCAAUACUGCACUUCCAUCACAUUCGAAGAUGAAGGCAUUCCGCGGUGGCCGGCAGGUGAUACAGCGUCCCCUAGACGGGCUGCGGCCGCAGAGCAAGUCUCAAACAUAAUCGUCAAGGAUAUUUGGAGCCGCUCACGCUUACCUGACUCCACAUUGGAGAUGGUGUGGGAUCUUGUUGACGACAGCGGUGUAGGUCGCUUGAGCAAGGAGGAAUUUGUCGUUGGUAUGUGGCUUAUCGACCAGCGGCUCAAGGGUAGGAAGUUGCCGGUCAAAGUGUCAGAGACUGUGUGGGCGAGUGUCAGAGGCCUGCAGGGGAUCAAGAUCCGGAAAUAA